AUGCAGCUGCCCAAGAUUGUUUAUCCCGCGGCUUACAACUGGCUACAAUCACCUCCAGCGCAGAACAAACUGAUCUUGAAGACGUGCUUAAAGGAUCAAUUGAAUUGGCACUUAGCAUUUCAAGAUUGUGAAGCGCGAGGAUUACAAAUGGCGACUGUAAACGAUCGUAAUGAACAUUAUGAUUUAAAAAUGGCUGUUAUAAAAACCAAUACUGUUGAAGACUGGACGUGGGUAGCUGGUACUGAUUUGCCUAUAUUUCGAAAUUUUAGUUGGAUUACCAAUGGAAGACCUGUGCCUUUCUGGUUGUGGUAUCCACAAGAACCGAACAAUAAUGGCGGAAAUGAGAGAUGUUUGCACUAUCGGAAUUCAUUAGGUGAACCAAAAUGGAAUGAUUUAGACUGCAAUCGACAAUUGUUUUACGCUUGCGAAGAUAAACAGACCACAUGUGCAACUGCGGUUGCAUAA